AUAAGCAUUUCAUGAAAAAACCAUUUGAUCUACCAAGUAGGCAGGAGUACCGACAUAAAGUGAGAAGACAAGAGAAAGAAAUGGCGAGCUUGCAACAAACAUGAGCAAUUCCAGCUUCUUACGCUUGCUUUCCUACACAAAGCAGCUAACAUCCCACGUUAAUCAAGGCCGCCAUGAUCAAGCUCUCUCUCUCUUCUACCACAUUCACUCCGCACUUGCUCUGCCACUCGACCCCUAUGUCUUCCCUCUCACUCUCAAAUCCUGUUCAGCCCUCCGUCGUCCACUUCUUGGCACCUCCAUUCAUGCCCACUUAACCAAAUCUUCUCUUCUAUCAAACCCAUUUGUGGCUUCUGCGCUUGUUGAUUUUUACGGGAAAUGUGUUUCUUUGUUUUCUGCACGACAACUGUUCGAUGAAAUUCCCAACAGAAAUGAUGUUGUAUGGAAUGUUAUGAUAUCCCUCUAUGCGCACUCUAAUAACGUUUCCCUGGGUUUAAGGCUGUUUGAAACUAUGGAUGUGGCUCCUAAUAUUUCGACAUUCAAUUCGAUUAUCGAUGGUUUGUCGAGGUUAGAUGAUGGGUCUUACAAGGCUCUUGCAUUUUACAGAAGGAUGCAGGGGUUUGGAUUGAGAGCAAAUUUUAUCACUGCCCUGGCUUUGCUUGCUGCGUGUACAGGUGUUGGGUCUCUCAGGUUAAUUAAGGAGAUUCAUGGUUAUUCACUACGAAACGAUAUUGAUCCGAAUCCCCAGCUUAGGAGUUGCCUUGUAGAAGCGUAUGGGCGAUGUGGAUGUGUUGAUUAUGCUAAUUUGAUAUUCUAUAGUUUGAAGGAGAGAGAUCGAGAUGUUGUGGCAUGGAGUAGCUUGAUUUCAGCUUAUGCAUUGCAUGGGGAGGCAAGAAAAUCUUUGGAAAUAUUUGAUGAUAUGGAAGAUGCGAAAGUAAAGCCCGAUGGGAUUACUUUGUUGGGAGUACUAAAAGCUUGUAGUCAUGCAGGAUUGGCUGAUGAAGCAAAGGGGUACAUUGCAAGGAUGCAAGAGGUUUAUAGUAUUGAAAUAACCACUGAUCACUACUCCUGUUUGGUGGACGUACUGAGCAGGGCAGGGAGAUUGUAUGAAGCUUACGACAUAUUGGCCAAAAUGUCUGUAAAGGCCACUGCAAAAGCUUGGGGUGCGCUUUUAGGGGCUUGCAGAACUUAUGGGGAGGUUGACCUUGCAGAGGUUGCUGGAAGAGCAUUGUUUGAGAUAGAACCCAAUAAUGCUGCUAAUUAUGUGCUGUUAGCUAGAAUUUAUGCAAAUGCUGGAAGAUAUGAAGAAGCAAAUAACUUGAGAAAUGAAAUGAAAGAGAGACGAGUGAAAAUAACACCAGACUUUAUUAGUUGGAUGUGAUUGGAGAAGAUGAGCGUGAAUACAGAAAAGGAUAGGGGAGAAAAUGGUUUGUAUGAUAAAAAUCUACAGCACUGGCUUACUGAUUCAAAAGCUAGAGAUCAGUUUGUUAUUCGUGCUGGCGAACAUACAGAGGUCUUGUGGAAUGAUGCUAGACACAUGAAGCCAGAUCCUGUUUAUACUCGCCGGUUUUGGACCGAAAGCUUUGUUCAAUGGUCACCAUUGGGCACUUAUUUGGCUACAGUCCACCACCAAGGCGCUGCUGUCUGGGGCGGGGCCGAUACUUUUGAUCGCAUACAUCGUUAUGCUCAUCCUAUGGUUAAAUUCAUUGAUUUUUCUCCUGGAGAGAACUUCCUUGUCACUUACAGCAGUCAUGAACCAAGCAAUCAGGGGACCGGAGGAAGGGGAAGGGAUUUUUUUAAAAAAAAUUAUACAAGAAAAUAAAAUUCAAUCAACUAGAUAGUGUAGAUUUAAUGUUAAACACAAUCGACCACGAUUCAAAGAUUGAGGUAGCUACCGUUUUAUUGUCAGAAUCAGCGGUUAACUUAUCCCUAUCAAUUAUUGAAGGUCGCAGGUUACAUGUUAUGCAUAAUUACCAUAAAU